UAGGUUAUAAUGGGCAGCAAAGGAUCGAUGAAGUUCAUUGGAUUAAAUCUAAGUGGGAGUGAAGCAAAACAGGUUAAGGAGAAGAAGAGGUUCUUGAAUCUUUUAAAUGAAGUCAAAUUCAAGGAUGUAAUUGAUCAGGCUCCAUUGCUUAAUUUUAUGGAAGACCUUUGAAUUAAUUGGAGGAUAGGCUUUAAGGAUGAUAAAGCGAUUAUAGAUAAACUUAAAAGUGAACUUAAUGAAGAGAAAGCACUUAUUUCUAAAUGCAAGAAACUAAACGCAAAUUUGAAAAACAAGGUUAGUAAAGUUAAGAGAGAAAACGAAAGAGUUGAGUCUAAUAUUACUAAACUCGAAAUCAAAAGAAAAUUUAUGGAGUAUAGAAGACAACAGAAGAUGAUAGCACCACAUAAAUUAGCAUUGCAUCAUAAAUACAAGAAAGAGUUGAACCAAAUAAUUAGAAGAUGAGUAACAAAAACUAGCAACAAAGAGUUUUAUACAUCUGAGGAUUAAUUAUUACCUGAUUCCCACAUAAGAUCUUUUAUGAAUAU